AUGGGUGGUGAUUCUGAUCCCUUUCCGGUAUCCGUAUCGUCUCUUCAUUUCCCCUCCAAAGAGCAAACUAUUUCCCAAACUCUGACGUCCUUGCGGCGGUCAGCCCUCUCCAUCACAAACCGACUUCAAUCGAUUGAAACAGACGCUACCUUUGUCCGUGAAGCCGCUGACUACUACGAUCUCCCUUUGGUCGCCAACGAGAGAUGUGGUAGUUGGUAUAUCCCACCGGAGGUCAAAGCUGGCAGUGCUUACUUCAAGAGCACGGAUGGUCAUACAGGCCAAUGGGACUUUAGCUUCCGUAGACUAAACCUGCAGAUUCUACCCAUUGCUCGGAAGCAUGGAGGCUGCAUCAUUGUGGACUCAACACGCCGGGGAAAAUUGAUGCCUGAUGCCUUAUCCAAGACGGUUCCGAUCUGGUGUGCGGUAAUCAAUCGAGCACUAUUUCCGUCCGACACUGCAUACCAUCCCGUGCAAUUCCCGCCGAACUUUUUGGGCGCCUCCGAAGAGUCGCAGAUUGAGCACAGAAUCGACGGUUUUGUUAAAUCGCUCAAGGAUCUCAAGCUCGAUUUAGAUGAUCUCAAGCAAAAAUUAGGAAAGCCGAUUCGGGUCGCCUGGGCGAAUCGCUCAUAUUUUCAUCCAACUGAUUUGCAAAAGGGAGAUGCAUAUAAUCUCUUUGUUCUCUGCUCCGCUUCCAAGCGUGUCCAUGGCGCGGAAAUGUCAGAGGGUGGUUACAUUCAAGGAGCAGGAGACGAUAGUGAGGGCUGGGCUCACGGGCUAACGCCACCAGUUUUCUGGGCACACAAGUCCACUCUUGCUGCCACCGGAGAGGAAGAUCUGCCGGAACUUAUUGAGAGAUUGGUAGAAGAGCACCGAAAGCAAGAUGGUGGACAGCAAGCUACUUUGAUAACGCCAACCCGAAACUUGUACAUCAGCCCUACAGACCCUCGAUUCAACGAGGGUGGUACUUGCGAUCUGGUCAUUGAUUGCAACGGGAACCCGGAGGCCUCAGAGGGCAGUUCAAAGCGACUAAACCUUGGUUGUGGGGUUUCUAAACUGGGGAGUCGCGAUCUACGGAAGCAUCUACCUCAGGUGCUGGCAUUUGCCAGUUCUCAGCUGGAGUCAAACCCGUCGCAAUCAUUGCUCGUAACAUGCGAGACUGGGAAAGAUCUUUCCGCAGGCGCUUUGCUCGCCAUAUUGUGCCUAUGCUAUGACGAUGAGGGCAAGUAUUCAUACUUCUGGCCUCAACUGACCAUGCUAAUCAUGCAACAGGGAACUUUGCUGGAUCUCAUGCAAAAAACAAGAUCGACAAGCAAUUCAUCCGACAGCGACUUGCCUGGAUCGUAUCCUCCAAACAUGACGUGA